GAUGAUGAUGAUGUCAUGUUGAUAACGCUAUAAAUGAGCACUUCUCGUACCUUCCAAUCGAUCCUCCCAAGGACAUCCUAUCCAAGCUUCCACCAGAGCUGCCAUCGUUCCUUGAUAACACCCCGGCCUCGCGUGAAUUACGCUCCGCCUAUGUUCAACAUGUCGUUUCCAAGACACUCACUUAUCGAAUCUUCCACCCUUUCCUCUUUACCCUCGGCAGACGAUACGAUAAGGCGGACACUUUCUUCCAGAUGCUUUCCAUGGACAUCCGGCGUAAGUCUGUGCGACGCGAAGCGUUCUGGAGACAGCAAACGCUUAAGGCAGCCUACACUACAUCCGAUGCCAAGCAGUCGAUCAAUGUGGUCGCAGCAGUCAUCGUUGAUGAGAUCAUCGAUCAGCUUAAACACUUUGCAGAUCCCCGGAACCUAGAUGCGCUCUUAGUUGGCGUGAGGAAAAUCGUAAAAUUGGCAGCCGAAACCUGGCGACUGGCGCGGGUUGAGCGAGAGCUCAUCUUGGCCUCGCUACCAGCACCCGACGCUGAUAUCGUUCCCAACGAUGAUUGGGAGGAAUAUGGAACUCCCAAGGAAGGCACUCUGAGCUCCAAGGAGGACCCGACCCGUCAUGUCAUACUCCGAACAUUCCCCCGUAUCACUCGCGAAGCUGCUCAUGAAGACUUUAUCGGAGAAGAGGAGAAGUCUCAUCCUUGCACCUACUCUCAGGGGUGCGUCCUGUACUCUGAUUCUCCUGUGGUGAUGGCUCGACUACAAGAGUUAGCAAAGAAGUCCACCGACGCCUUGGCUAGUGGGGAUGAAUCUUCGCGCCGUGGUUCGCGGGAAUCCCUACAUCGUGAAGGGAAUGUAUCUUCCCCCUAGAGGUGCAAGUGAGGCAGGGAAGACAUGAAUGGUGCACUCGGAAUCAUCGCGGCGUGAGCACGCGGACUACAAUGCGCCACUAAA